UCGGGCUCCUACUCCGUGGUCGCAACUUCACCGCCGAUGCAGACGAAGGUUUUGGUGCAGCAUUAGCACUCUCUUCCGUACCUCACAAUCUGGUGGCCUCGCUCACCCUGGAUGUAUCCGCCAAUGCCCCAAGGCAGGUUCCUUUGGUCUCUGGCGCGACCCUGUCGGUUUAUCGCCCAUCGCCGCUUUCCCGCCGCAAUCCUCGCCCAUUCACGGCGAUUCCAUCCCUCGCCAGCAUGGCUCUCAUCCACCCCAUCUGACCCUCAGGACCCUCGCGACUCGGCGAAAGAUACCGUCACCGGUGACAUUCCGACCCUAAAUGCUGAACCAGACCUCGCCCACCGCGAUACCUCCGAGACCAAACCGGCGUCGGAGCAGCAUGAAAACAAGACUGAUAAGCCCUACGGUUCAGCUCUUCGGAGGGUAAUGAGGAACCGGAAAGCGUCAGCGCAAUUAACUGUUCCCGUCACUACGGUACCAGAGUGGUUUCGUCAGCGCAAUAUCGUCGUUCAUGAUGGGAAGGGCGAAAAUGCCGGAGUCUCGGUACAACAAGUGCAGAUUCGGUCAACGUCGGAUCUCAACGCGGAGAAAGCGUCCUCAGUCGAAAGGCUCGGUCAAGGUGGUCAUGGCGAGGGCCCACCGGCCUCGGACGAGUCUACGCCGCAAGAGAACCGCUACGCCUUGACGGAUGCCAUGUGGGAGGAGCUGUGUGCAUCUGCACGCGCUGGUAUGCGUCUGCCGCCGGCAAGGUACGCCCAAGAACCCUCAGCCCGGAAGUCACAUCUGGUUCUGCAGUAUCCGGGUGCAGAUGGGAUCUUGUUUCUGGACGCGGUAGUCAAGAGGUUGGCUCAGGAGGUUGGCGCAGACCUGGUGACGCUGAACGCACAGGACAUCGCAGAGUUAUGUAGCGAACAGGAUCUGACGGAUACCGGGAAAACCGAUGCGAUUCGUUCCCUGGGCUAUGAUGUAUAUCGACCUACUAUGCCGGAGGCUUCACAAGAUGGAGUGGAUUCGAGUGAGGCCGACAAUGAUGACGAAACUCUGCAACCAUUGCACUCAUCAUCCGAUCUUCCGGCAGUUGGUCAACGAUUCAUCUUAGGAUCGUCUGGAGAAAUCCAUGACGUACUAUCUAGGUUGAAGUUGUUCAAUCCGGCAGCGGAUGGCGCGAACGCCGCAUCGAGACCAGAAAGUAGACGACUUCGGCUUGCCCGUCAACUCAUUUCCCCCUCUAGUAGGAAGCCUGCACCACCGGCGUUGAAAGAGGCGGACGGCGACGCGCCCGUAAAAUCGGCGGUUUCCGAGCCCGAAGCGACCCCAGCCGCUCGCGAUGUCAUCGUCCAGGUCCAGGACUACGACGAGAUUCAGGAUACUCGCGAAGGCGCCAAGUUCAUAAUCAUCCUGCGGAAAGCAAUUGAAGAAAAGCGCAAGGCCGGAUCCCGGGUCUUGUUUGUUGGGACGAUGGCACAGGAAGCCGCACCUGGUGCAGAUUCCUCUCGACUAAUGCAGAAUGCUCCCGAUGACCAGUUUUCUCAAGUGCUGCUUGUCACGCCUGACAUGAGCUCGGAGGCGGCAGCGCGUACAUUUGCAGAGGACCAACGGAAGCGGACGUUAGAUAUCAACAUCCGCCACAUUCAGGACAUGCUUCGCACGCGACUGCACGAACAAGCCGCCGCACUCAAGGAUGAUCUCUUCCGUGAUCGUGCCUGGCCAUUGGACUCGUCUCUUGUGGAACAGAGUGGCUUGGAAGAGCGGUAUUGGUCUUAUUCCCAAGUCCACUGGGUCUGCACGCUGGCACUCGGCUCUCUCAAGGCUGGUGAACAGUUUGGUUUUGAGCACGUUCGUCGAGGCAUUGAAAUGACACAGCAGAGCGAACGGGCCAAGAAAGACUGGCUGCAAGAAAAGGCGCCCAAAGCUAAAGCAGGAGGCGCAGCAGGCGACCGAGAGCGCUUGCUGAGCUCUUUACGAAAGACGUGCAACUCAUAUGAGAAGAAGCUGCUGAACGGAGUUGUUGAUGCGCAGAGUAUCCGGACCACGUUUUCGGACGUUCAUGUGCCUCCAGAGACUAUCGACGCCCUCAAAACACUGACUUCGCUGUCUCUGAUCCGCCCCGAGGCGUUCACCUACGGUGUUCUGGCUACGGACAAGAUUCCUGGUCUACUGCUCUACGGGCCGCCUGGAACCGGUAAGACACUCCUGGCCAAGGCUGUAGCCCGCGAGAGUGGUGCCACCGUUCUUGAAGUCAGCGGCUCGGAAGUUUAUGACAUGUACGUGGGUGAAGGUGAGAAGAACGUCAAGGCUAUCUUUACGCUCGCGAAGAAGCUCAGCCCAUGUGUCGUUUUCAUUGAUGAGGCGGACGCCAUCUUUUGCUCUCGGACCCGUGCCAGCAGCCGUACCUCGCACCGGGAGCUCAUCAAUCAGUUCCUGCGCGAGUGGGACGGGAUGAACGACCUCUCUGCCUUCAUCAUGGUUGCCACGAACCGACCUUUUGAUCUUGAUGAUGCUGUUCUGCGACGUCUUCCCCGCCGCCUUCUGGUUGAUCUUCCGACUGAGCAGGAUCGGCAGGCCAUCUUGAAGAUCCAUCUGAAGGACGAACUUCUCGACAGCACAAUCGACCUUGCGGAGUUGGCGCGCCGCACUCCGCUGUAUUCAGGUUCUGACUUGAAGAACCUUUCAGUGGCUGCCGCAUUGGCCUGUGUGCGAGAGGAGAACGAACUGGCGGCACAGCACCAAGGCGAUGAGCCCUACCAGUACCCAGCCCGACGCACGUUGACCUGGAAGCACUUUGAACGGGGGAUGGAGGAAAUCAGUGCAUCCAUCAGCGAGGACAUGGCAUCUUUGUCCGCCAUCCGGAAGUUCGAUGAACAAUAUGGUGAUCGCAAAGGACGGCGGAAGAAGAGUCCCGGCUGGGGAUUUAUCCCGGCUCCCGCGGACGCAUCAGCGGCGGCCGAAGAGGCUGCGCGCGUACGGACCUGACCGGAGGGCUUCGAUGAGCAUUCUUGUAUAGAUCAACUGUUAUUUCACUCUACUAUAUGGUUUUGGAGGUUUCGGACUGGAGCGGACUGGGAUGGAAGGGCAGGCAGGCAAUGACGACCAAUUGUACACUAAUUAGCGACAUGAACCUGUAACAAUAUUGCAGAUACCUGCUAUCUUCUGG